AUGUCGUUCGUGGAGCCGGGGAGGCGAUCGCCCUCGUCGUUGCGGCGCCGCCGCUUCGGCACCCCCGCGCCACUCCCUCGGCGGGUGCUUUCCCCUUUUUCCCAAGGGGACGGCUGGGGCGAGGGCGAGAUCGACGAGGAUCUCGAGGGCUGCGACCCGGUGGCCCGCGACCUGCGUGCGGAGUUCUCGGCCGGGGCUUCCUCGGAGCCUCCUCGGUACCACCGGCCGCUCCCGCCCGCGGGGGACGGGUCCCCGGUUCUCCCCGAGAAGCGCAACGGCACCUCCCCAGUCGCCGCCGGGGGCCGAGCCCAGGGCUGGCGAUUGCCCGUCCAGCUCCUCUCCAUUCUCUGUUCACUCCUGUUUGUCAUCCUCCUCGCCUGCCUCCUCGCCAUCACCUAUCACAUCGCGAAAGGGUUGCAUGCUGAGAACUUGAAGAAGGAAGAUGGUGUUCACACUGGGCUGUUAGGUUUCUGGACUUUACUUACAAUAUCACUAACUGCUGGAUUCUGCUGCUGCAGCUUUUCUUGGACAGUGACUUAUUUUGACUCUUUUGAACCAGGAAUGUUUCCUCCUACUCCUCUUUCUCCUGCCAAAUUUAAGAAAUUGACUGGACAUUCUUUCCACAUGGGUUAUAGCAUGGCGAUAUUGAAUGGUGUUGUUGCUGCUCUUACUGUAGCAUGGUGCCUCAUGUAAAUCCACGCUGAAGCAAAGCCCUGAUCCUUCCUGUCAAAAGAGAAAAAUAUCACUGUUUACUCAAAGAUCAGAAAAUCCUGCAGUUCAUUAAGUAAUGUAACGUAAUACAAGUCAAAUCAUUGAUAGUUAUUUUUAAAAAACAUCGUUCUAAGCCUAGGCAUUGGAAAGAUCUGAUUUUGUUUCAAGUCAUUUUUUAAAUGUAUAAGAUGUUUACCUCAUCAUUUUUUUUUACUUAUGCUUGUCUAGAUAUGUUCUAGAAUGCAUUUUAAUGAAAAUCAAAUGAAACGUGAAUGCAGGACUUUACCAGCUUUUCAGUGUAUGUACUACUUUGUGGCUAAUAAAUGCUA